AGAACUGCUCAAAAACGUGCACUAUUGCAAAUGCAUAUUGGCUGUCUAUCUUCUUCUCUAACACCCAACAUCCUCAUGUCCUUCCUCACAACGUCCAUCAACUUUUUCUUUGGUCUUCCUCUUGCUCUUUUGCCUGCCAGUUCCAUCCUCAACACCCUUCUACCAACAUACUCAUUCUCUCGACUCUAAACAUGUCCAAACCAUCUCAGUCCGCUCCCUCUAACCUUGUCUCCAAAACAUCCAACUUUGGCUGUCACUCUAAUGAGCUCAUUUCUAAUUCUAUCCAACCUGUUAACUCCAAGCGAGAACCUCAGCAUCUUCAUUUCUGCUGUCUAUACCAUGCAUUUCCUUAGCUGAGCCAUUUACAAAUAACAGUUCUGUUCUUUCUAAAGGCUGAUCUCUCAGGCCACUUCAGCUUUUGGCUCAUUUUUCUAUUAACUUUUUGACAAUCAUGAUUUUAACCUUCCUCAUAGGUCGUGUUAUUUUGAUGAAAAAUCAGAGGAUGGAACAAAAUUAUGGUUGAACUUGUUUCUACAGCAAUAGACGUCACAAUAACUGGUCUUACAUACUGGGGUAGUGCACAUGCUCCGCUGAGUCUAUAUGUUGUUGCACCGAAACUGAGGUCAUAAAAUGACAUUUACAAUCUACUAUCUGCAUAAAGGAUUUGCUAUAAUUUGACACUAAUUCCUUUUUUUAUCUCACAGAAAGCUUUUUCUGAUUGUUCUGUUCAUUUUAACAAUUGUAUCAUUUUGAAGUCUUCCUCAAACAGUAAUUUGGAGAAAUGUGCAGUUAUCGUUGCAUAACUUGUUUGUGCUUUUCAUGCAUUCAGUAAAACUAUUUUUUUUCAUCUGAAAUUGUUCUUCCUGCACUAAAGUUGUGUUCUAAGUUCUCAACUUGUUUACAAAUUUGCAGUUUGUUCUUGCUAACCUUGUGUCCCUCCUGUGCUAAAUCUGUCAUGAUCCUGCCGCUUCAGCACGAGCUGUGCGGGUGUCCGCGCAGGUGCGCUGAUUGGAAGGUGCACACCUGCGCCUCAUGCAGCCUGAUUAUGCUGUGGAUUUAUAUGACCGCGAUGACAACUGGCCGGCGCCAGUUCGUAUGAUCUUCCAUGUCCCGUUCGUGUGCUCUGGUAUCCCUGAUUGAACCUGUCUGUACCGACCUUCGUCCGUUCUCCGACCAACCUUGUAAGCCUGACUCCUUCGUUACUUUGCCUGCUUUGAUUGUUCUCCUGUGUACCGACUCCUGCCUGUCCGCUCACCUGCUCUCUUCGCCCGACGUCCCAACUACCGCUGCUGCACCGGACUGCCUGCUCAAUCCCCUACCUCUGCAUAUAAUAAACGUGUCUCUUCUUGAACUACCUUGCGUCUUCCGAGUUCCUGCAUUUGGGUCCUACCCCCGAUCUAAUGGGAUGUGACAGAACGAACUGGCCAAUACAGGACCCAGCAGGAAAGACCCGGCGUCGCCGGGACCGACGCAAGGUAGACCGUCUGCCGGAGGACCAAGCCUGUCCAAUCCGGGUAGGCUCCCUGACGUCCUCCGCUUCCGUGUCUUACACUCCGCCAGCGAGUGUGUUUCACCUCCCCGCGUUUCCAGCACCCGAGCGACUUCGCCCUGAAGGUCCAAGUACACCUAUCUGUACGAGGGAACCCGCUUGGCCAUCUACCCGGGAGCUCCGCGUGGCGGCCAGAGGAGACGCCCCGGCCGGGCGCUCCCUUGUGCCUCCCGCUGCGCGGCAACUAAGACACAGUCCUCCCACUCCUCGCCGGCGAAGCCCGCAGAACCGCAGCUGGUGGCGAAGCUUCCAGCCCAGAGGGAGGAGGAGCCACCAAAUCACGAGGCAUUCUACCGUGAAAUGCAGGCGGAUACAGAGGGGCAGAGCGUCGAAUUGGCGGCUCUCACGGCCCAGGUCCGGCAAGGAUUGGCGAACCAGCCGAGCUACUCUGACGUCGCAACGGCGACGGACUCGCUGCUGAUGAAGGUUCACGUGGCAGUUGGGACUGACCCGCUCCCGAAACACGCCCAUGUGUCAGUUUCGACUGACUCUCCGCCUGCUCAGGUUCACGUUGCCGUGGAAACCGACCCGCCCCCUUGCCAAGUGCAUGCCGCAGUGGGAAUGGACUCGCCACCUCGCCAAGCGCACGUAGCUGUGGAAACCGACCCGCCCCCUUGCCAAGUGCACGUCGCAGUGGGAACGGACUCGCCACCUCAAGUGCACGUCGCAGUGGGUACGGACUCGCCACCUCGCCAAGCGCACGUAGCUCUGGAAACUGACCCGCCUCCUCGCCAUUCCCACGUCGAGGUUUGGCUGUUCCGAGCAGAGUUCACGCGGCAGUCGGAACUGACACGCCCACGUGUCAGUUUCGACGGAUGCACUGCAAGCUCACGUGGGAGUGGGGACCGACCCGAUGCCGCCUCACGUUGCUGUCCAGGAGGUGGCGAUGGUGUCGCCGCCUUCUCACGUUGCUGUCCAGGAGGAGGCGAUGGUGUCGCCGCCUUCUCACGUUGCUGUCCAGGAGGAGGCGAUGGUGUCGCCGCCUUCUCACGUUGCUGUCCAGGAGGAGGCGAUGGUGUCGCCGCCUUCUCACGUUGCUGUCCAGGAGGAGGCGAUGGUGUCGCCGCCUUCUCACGUUGCUGUCCAGGAGGAGGCGAUGGUGUCGCCGCCUUCUCACGUUCCUGUCUAGCCACCCUGUGUACAGACUCCUGCCUGUCCGCUCACCUGCUCUCUUCGCCCAAUGUCCCAACUACCGCUGCUGCACCGGACUGCCUGCUCGAUCCCCUACCUCUGCAUAUAAUAAACGUGUCUCUUCUUGAACUACCUUGCGUCUUCCGAGUUCCUGCAUUUGGGUCCUACCCCCGAUCCGAUGGGACGUGACAAUCUUUUAACAACAUUGUUUCACUUUGGCAAAUUUCUUUGUGGGGUGAUGAAAGCAAAACAUCUAAAUGAAGUAGUAUUUGGUUGCCAGUUGAAAGUUCAAAUAUGGGCAUACUGGCUGUCAGAACUUGCGAAUAAAGUGUUUCACAGUACACUUAAGGUAACCUGGUAAUUGUGUAUUUUUGCCUUCAAAUGCAAAUUUAUCUCCCCGCCACCCACUGUUAGUCUUGAAUCCAGUUGUCAUUUUCACUCUGUAUUCCUCAAAAGGCUAAUUUUUUUGUUUUACUCUUUUUGUUUAAUUUGCUCUAUCUAAAAUGCUGGGUUGCUCUCUGAAUUUUCAAAUUUUCCAUAUCUUCUACAUAUUGAUUCAUGUCGGUUUUGUGUGAAGUGUUAUCUUCCACAGCCUUUUUUAACAUCACCCAUAGUUAAAUCCUUGUUCUUUCCUUUUUCUGACUUGGCACGUUCAUAUAUUUUCU